AUGUUCCUUCAGAUUCUCGCUGUUCUGGGCGCAAUAUCAGGAUUUGUGUUUAUAACUUUAUCGAUUGCAUCAGGACUAUAUUAUUUAAGCGAGUUAGUUGAGGAAUACUCCGAACCUACAAGGAGAUUGUUAAGUCGUGCAAUAUAUUCACUGGUAGGGGUAUAUAUAUUGCUUUGGAUCUUCGAUGGAUUUCCGUUUAUGUUGACUUGUUUUUCGAUUGGAUCUUAUGUGGUAUACUAUCAGAAUUUGAGGAGGUUUCCAUUUGUAUCGUUAACGAGCCCGACCUUUGUAUGCAGUUGUGUGCUUGUAUUUAUGAAUCAUUAUUUCUGGCUCAGGUAUUUUAAUAAUACUGACAUUUCACUGCAGUCCAGGGUGGAUCCGAAUUAUGUUCCCAAGAGGCGUGCUACUUUCGUUGAAGUUACUUCAUUUUUUGGGAUUUGUAUCUGGUUUAUUCCAUUUGCGUUGUUUGUAUCUUUAUCCGCAGGUGAUAAUAUGCUUCCUAUGACAAUGGGCAAAAAGGACGACGAUAGUGCUGUGGGCAGGAGGGCCAGCAGUUUACUCAAAGUUGCGAUUGAUGCUGUGAGGGAGUAUUUCCAGAGUGUUGCAAGGCUUCUGGGGAUACGAGGGCUGCGUCAACAAGAUGGUUUGGUGUUGUAG